AUGGUCCUUCAAGUCCUCCCCCUGCAGCUAAGCGACUUCGAAGAUCUAAUCUCCCACGCCACACUGCACGAUCCCGGCGACGAUCUCGUUGGACCCCCAACCCCAAUCUGCUGGCCACCAAGCACUCCCGCCGCAGCGCUCUCCCGCGCAACCUUCCACUUCGCCAAACAACGUUCCCGCUUUCUUGGCGACCCAACUGUGCGGUACAUGAAAGUUGUCGACACUGGUACCGUUGCUAGUCCUAAAAACUCCAUCAUCAGCAUCGCCCGCUGGCAUUUCUAUCCCCAAGGCUACAACUUCGCUACUCAGCUACAUUGGGAGCUACAUGCACUAACGCCACCUCCGCCUUCUGAGCUGAACGUCUCUUUGCAUAACUACAUACUCAGCACACGUGACGAGGCUCGAAGUGGAUGGAUGGAACCGAAUGAGCCGUGCUGGAUACUGAUGCACAUGGUUACGCGUGAAUCACAGCGUGGGCGGGGCGCUGCAAAGAUGCUCAUCCGAUGGGGAAUUGAGCAGGCAGAGAGGGACGGGGUGCCAGCGUACUUGGAGGCGGGAGUUAUGGGGAGACCGGUCUAUGAGAAACUUGGGUUCAAGCAGGUUGGAGAAUUGUUGGAGGUGGAUUUAAGAAGACAUGGGAUACAGAGUACUUUCGUGAUGUGUAAGAUGGCAUAUUUUCCUGCGGGGUAUAAAACGAAAGACCAAUUGCGCGAUGUUACUGGGUAG